GUCGGUUUCGCGCGGGCAUUUCAUCGUGCCUGAUUGAAUAGUAAAUUCAAACCCGUGCUUAGUGAGUUUGCGUAAGUUGGUUUUGUUUUUUUUUUGUGUUACAAAUUCUGAAUGUCAAAGUCGAUUAACGAGCAAUUAGCAAUUCAUUCAAGCUUGGAGAAAACCGAAAGGGUCAUGAGCAUGACCGGUUGUGGUCGUAGUAAGGGAGCAGCGAAAUCACUAGUGCAAUUCGUGUGCGCUUUGUUUCUGGUGCUGUUGUUUGCAGUCAGCUGUAUCUCCGGCGCAGACCUUCAAGUAUCCAACACAACCAACAUCAAUGAUGGGACUCCGGAUGCGCCGUACGAAACGCAAACGGCUCAAUGUACCAUUACUUCCGGUGAGGUGGAAGCCAGUGCUCAGGCAACCAUCAGUAAAACCCUAGUCGGCGUGUGCGGUACCGAAGAAAUGUUGGUGGCAUUCAGAACGCUCGAGGCAACACUACUUCUGGAGCUGUCGAAUAUUCGCAAGAUGAUUCGAGAUCCGUACUACAAUCCAUCGCCAAUGACACCUUCCGAGUAUAGGGCCGUCGUACGGACUACAACUCAGAUCGGAACGAAUACCGGCACUAAGCUGACCUCGGUACAGGAGCCACCUGCACCGGUACCGACUACCAGCACUACUACACCCACUAGCAAGCCGGGGGGAGGAGCCACCGAUGUGUUCUUUCCACCUGACGAUGACGACGAAGACAGUCGAUUCUCGUUCAAACCAAACCGAGACAUGGUGAAGGAGCUACCAGGCGGAAACCGAAAACCAGUGGCACCAAUAAUUCGAUUCGACAAGGACGGCAUUCCGGGAAAGUCUUCCAAUACGCCCGCACUUAAUUUCAAGCCGAUCGAUAAACCGGUGCAGACCAGGUUCCUCACAGGUGGACUGCGGGACUACGAGGUGUACCGGUUCAACAAUACCGUCAUUUCCAGCGGAGAAACCAAGGUGUUUAAAUAUUUCUGGAAAAUCGAACACUUCACCGAACGCCUGCAGUCUAAUGUGAGCACCCUGACCAGUCCGGUGUUUGUAAUAUCGGGACUCAAUUUGCGCAUAAAGGCGACGCUGAACCACGACGGGAAGGACAAUAUGUAUCUACAGGUGGACCAACUAUCGCCGAUGGAUGACGAGCUGCGGAAGAGACCGAACGUCAUUCUUCAGGAAGGAUCCCUCUACGACGCGGUGGAAACGAAAAAGUUCCUCCGACACAAAAUCAUUCUGAUGAAUCAGGGUGUGCCAUUUAGUGAUCUUAAUUCUCAAGAGUUUUGGAACACCAACACCGGAUUCACCAUCCCUUUCCGGGCAUUGCUAACCAAUUCCUACUUGAAGCAGGACAAAAUACUUGUCGAAGUUGUAAUCUACCUGUAAGCCCUACAACCAAUUGCAAUUUGCGUCUGGAUAUAAUGGAUAU